AAAAAGGCCCAGAAUGAGGGUUAGGGAGGCAAGGGUCCCUGGGGACUCCAUGGGUGGUCAGGAUGCAGAGACAGCUGUUGCUGCCCCUCCUCUGGGCCCAGGACCCCACCCCGACCUGCCUCGGCCCUCUCAUCCCAUGCACCUGCUCUCGGUCCCUGCUCAGGCCCUUCCCUCCCCCAGGACCAUCUCAGCCCCUGCCUUCCCUGGUCGGAAGCCACCUCUCCAGCUUGCUUGGACCCUGGUACUAGAAGAAACCACUCCCGUGUUCCCACUUGGAUCGGGUGUUCAUGCAGUGUGGUGUUCGUGCCGUGUGGAUGCUGCUGAGGUGUGAACCCUGUGACAGACCAAGGCCGUGUGGAUGCUGCUGAGGUGUGAAUCCUGUGACAGACCAAGGCUCCAGUGAGCCACGGCAUGGCCGGACGGAAGCAGAAGAGACCAGUGACCCCCACUCAACUCAGCCUCUCCUUCUUCCAGGGACAGUGUCCUGGAGGUACCUGUCUGAAUGACAGGGAAGGGGCGGGGCCAGGAGCCAAGGCUGGAAGCUCAGCCCCACUCGGCCUUUGCAAAUGCUCUAGUGGGAGCAGCUGGCCUCAGGGGAGGGCUUAAAACUCCAGGAGGGCCCGGGCAGGUGCAGACGUGAGGGGAGUGGAGGGGAGGCCUCGCCUGGCCCACCUUCCUCCUGUCCCUCCACCAUGUGGCCCUUCCCGAGCCGCUCUCUCUUCCCACCCCCCACUCAGGCCUGGCUCCAGACGGUCUCCUCAGACCCUGAGGCCCAGGGCUGGGGGGCCUGGAACGAGACCAAGGAGAUUCUGGGGCCAGAGGGUGGGGAAGGGAAGGAGGAGGAAGAGGACGAAGAGGAUGCAGAGGAAGACCAGGAUGGGGAUGCAGGCUUUCUGCUGUCUCUGCUGGAGCAAGAGAACCUGGCUGAGUGUCCAGUCCCUGACCAGGAGCUGGAGGCCAUCAAGAUGAAGGUGUGCGCCAUGGAGCAGGCCGAGGGGACGCCACGGCCUCCGGGAGUGCAGCACCAGGCCGAGGAAGAGGAGGGCACCGCGGCCAGGCAGCUGCUAAGCCCUGAGACCAUGGGCUGCCCCCUCCCUGGGACCCCCGAGGAGAAGGUGGAGGCUGACCACAGAUCCGUCUACGUGGGCAACGUAGACUACGGGGGCUCCGCUGAGGAGUUGGAAGCCCACUUCAGCCGCUGUGGGGAGGUCCACCGAGUCACCAUCUUGUGCGACAAGUUCUCUGGACACCCCAAGGGUUAUGCCUACAUAGAGUUUGCCACCAAGCGCUCCGUGCAGGCUGCCGUGGAGCUGGACCAGAGCCUCUUCCGGGGCCGGGUCAUCAAGGUGCUGCCAAAAAGAACCAACUUCCCUGGGAUCAGCUCCACAGACCGCGGGGGCCUUCGAGGACACCCGGGCUCCAGGGGGGCACCCUUCCCCCACAGCAGCCUCCAGGGCAGGCCCCGGCUCAGAUCACGAGGGCAGAACCGGGCCCGUGGAAAAUUCUCACCAUGGUUUUCACCGUAUUAAAGGGAAGGCCCGAUUUUGAGAGGGGCUGGCGGCUGGGUCAGGAGUAAACCACUUGUGCUCCAUCCUGGGGCUGGGGCUGGGGCAGGGAGUGGGGUGCGGGCGAGGCCAGAGAAUAGGGGUGUCCAGAGCAGCCGCUGGCCCCCUCUUGGCCAGGGGAUGGCCCAGUAGGGCCUUGUAUGGUGGCCCAGACCCACUGCCACAGCCACGAGUCACAGCCACGGCCCGGUGGUGGGCCUGGCAUGGGCGCCACGGGGAUCUUAGGGGGCUCUGGGUGUUGAGGGAGGGGAGGGGCAGAGUCCCAGGCAGUGCCAGGCCAGCUUGGGGUUGGCAUGCUCAGCUCUUCAACUAAGUCAUUUUAAGAAAAAUAGAAACAUAUCUCUUAAUGAUGAAGCAUAAAUUAUUAAACUUGGGCACUUUUUAAAAGCAAA